GACAUAUAUUGUAUUAAUUCUAAAAUAUCAAUUGCAAUUAUUAAAAAAAUUAUAUAUUUUCUUAACGAGGAAUCCCCAAACCUACAAGGAAAAGGAAGUUUUCAGGGUUUUAGCCAGGGUUUGGUUUUACUUUUACCUCUCAAAUUCUCUCUUCACUGCAUUGAACGCCCAGUUCCUCAAACCAAACCGAGUGGCAUCACUUCAUUUUAAGGCGUGUCCAAGCUUUACACUGCACGAGGGGUUGCUUCAAUUUCCUGUAAGAACUCGAAACUCGAAGCAACUUUUUCACUUUUUUCCCCCACUUUCUCAUUGUUUAUCUUUGAAUUGGGUUUUAUCUCAUAUUUGAUGCUCACCUUUGUAAUAUUAAUGUUCAUUAUAAACCCAAAAAUGACCUAAAAAGAGGGUUGUUCUUGAUUUCACCAUCACCAAAUGCAUCGUCGCCUUGCAAUAUUCACCUACAAAGUCCUCGUUAACACUAACCCUAUUCCAAUCACAACAGCCACCAGCACUACCCUUUUGUACUCUCAAUGCAAUCCCUUAAACCCUAGGACUAAUGGGUUUGCUUUCUUUCGCUUACUAUCAUUCACUCCGGGGCACAGGCGUGCGCAGGACCCUGAUGACCCAUCCAACCUGAUGAAGGAAGAUGGUGUCUCAGUUUGCUCUCAAAUGUGGAUAGAGAAUUUUCGAGAACCAGAUAGAAUUGUGAGCAAUUUGACCACUUAUCUUCGCCGUUUUGAACUGUGGGUAUUGGCUUAUCAGAAAGUGUGUGCUGAUGACAUGGGAGCCUAUAUGCCCCGUAGUGCGAUACAAAGGUCUGCAUUGGAGGACUUGUUAGCUCUUAGAAAUGCAGUUCUUGAUAAUAGGUUUAAGUGGGGUGCUAGGUUGGAUUUUCUUAUAAAGUCUCCGAAGGAUAAGACUGACUAUCAAUCUUUGUCAAAGAGGAAGAUUAAGGCAAUUUUGACAACCACACAACCGGCAGCAUUUCAGGAUAAGAUAGUUCAGGAGGUGUUAUUUAUGAUUUUGGAGCCGAUAUAUGAAGCACGGUUUUCGCAAAAGUCUUUUGCUUUUAGACCUGGUAGAAAUGCACAUACGGUGUUGAGGGUGAUUAGGAGGAAUUUUGCUGGGUAUCUGUGGUAUAUAAAAGGGGAUUUCAGCACAAUAUUGGAUGGAAUGAAGGUGGGGUUAGUGAUAAGUGCUUUAAUGAGGGAUGUGAGGGAUAAGAAAGUGAUUGAUUUGAUAAAGGCAGCAUUGACUACCCCUGUGAUCACGAGUCGCAUGGAAGAGCCAAAGAAGAAGACGAAGAGGAAGUAUCAAAAGAAGAGGGUUUUGGCAGAGGAUGAGCCAAAGCCAGAUCCAUAUUGGCUAGACACCUUUUUUGGGUUUGCACCAGAGGAGGCAGAGAAGAUUCCUUCAUGGGGACACUGUGGGAUACUCAGUCCUCUUUUGGCUAACAUCUGCUUAGAUGAAUUGGACCAGUGGAUGGAGGGUAAGCUUAAGGAGUUUUAUCGUCCUUCAAAGAGUGAUGUCAUAUGGAAUAGUCCAGAAGGGGAAGCAGAACAGGGGAAUACAUCCUGGCCAGAAUUUGUGCCGACAAGUGGCCCAGACAAAACCAGGAAGAUGGAUUAUGUAAGAUACGGGGGUCACAUCCUGAUUGGUGUGCGAGGACCGAGAGCAGAUGCAGCCACAUUGAGGAAGCAAUUGAUUGAGUUUGUUGAUCAGAAAUACAUGCUCAAGGUUGACAAUGAGAGCCUCCCAAUUGAGCACAUAACUAAAGGUAUAAUGUUUCUUGAUCAUGUAUUGUGCCGAAGAGUUGUGUAUCCAACUCUACGGUACACUGCCACUGGUGGGAAGAUCAUUAGUGAAAAAGGUGUGGGCACCCUUUUGUCAGUCACAGCAAGCUUGAAACAAUGCAUUAAGCAAUUUAGGAAGUUGAACUUUCUGAAGGGGGACAGGGAUCCAGACCCACAGCCUUGUUUUAGAAUGUUCCAUGCCACUCAAUCUCAUACAAAUGCACAAAUGAACAAAUUUUUGUCAACAAUGGUUGAGUGGUUUAGAUAUGCUGACAAUCGGAAGAAAAUUGUGAACUUCUGUUCAUACAUUAUAAGGGGUUCACUUGCAAAGCUAUAUGCUGCAAAAUACAAGCUGCGUUCACGUGCAAAGGUGUAUAAGAUUGGUUCCCGGAAUCUGAGUCGUCCUUUGAAGGAGAAGAAAGGGUCUUCACCUGACUACCACAAUUUGCUACGAAUGGGCCUCGCCGAGUCAAUUGAUGGGCUUCAGUACACCAGGAUGUCUCUUGUACCUGAGACUGAUUACACCCCAUUUCCAAGUAAUUGGAUACCUGAUCAUGAGAAGGCAUUGCUUGAAUAUAUAAGCCUUGAUGAUCCAAAAACUCUCGAGGAUCAACGAUGUAGCAUUAGAAAGCAAGGUCUGGUUUCAUCUCAGGACUACAUUUCAAUGCUUGUUUGGAACUACAAGCGAAACGCUAUUGCGAUGGAUCAGCUUUCCCUCAUAAAAAGUGGUGGAAAUAACACAGAAAAAGAACAACAGUUGCUUUUGGGCUCUGAUAAAGAUACUUAUGAUCAGAAAAGCAAAGAAGAGGAAGAACAUGAAGAUGGGUUUGACGUGGCAGAAAUCUAAGGGGGCUCUGGUGUUGCAUUUGGAAAUUUCCUGGAGAUAGGACCACAUUUACUUGGGAUAGUUCUUUGAUGUUGAGUUGAGACGUCACCUGAGCACUGCAAUUUGCUAAGAAUUGUCCUCAUCGAGUCAAUUGACAGGCUUCAGUGUACCAGGAUGUCUCUUGCCAGACUGAUUGUGUCAUUUCCAUGUAAUUGGAUACCUAAUCAGGAGAAGGCUUUGCUUGAAUAUUUGAGCUCGACGAUCCAAAAAUUCAGGAGGAUCAAAGAUUUUGCUGAUGUUGCUAGGAGAACAAGGGCUGGUCUCUCCUCAAUUAAUACUAAAUUUUGAUGCUGUUUUGAAACUACAAGCGAAAUGCUAUUCUGAUGGAUCAGCUUCUGCUCAUUAAGUGGUGGAAAUAUCGAAGAAACAGAGCAACAGUUUCUGCUGGGUUCUGGUCAUGAUAAUCAUGAUUAGAAAAUCAAAGAAGCAGAGAGGAACACAAAGAAGGGUGUCACGUGGCAGAAAUGUGAGGUAACUUUUGAAUUAUUCUGUGGUUGACGGGCAAGAUUCUCAGUAAUUGGAUUCAUACUGUUUAGAGAUAGCAAGAUAGAACGGUUUUAUCUUUAAGAAAUAAGCUAAUUAAGCUCAUGAUUAAGGGAUAUGAAGUUUCUUGCAUGAAUAUAUUUUUUUCAAUUUUAAAGUUCAGGAGAGUCCAUUGAGCCUGUAGCUGCAAUUUUGGUGUCAAUUGGUCUUACAUUUUGCUUGGACCUACCUGUUUACUCUGACUGCAUUUUGAUGAUGUGUUCGAGAGAUCUUUGGAUGAUUCUAAGCAAGAUUUAAUUCUGAGCUUUUUAAAUAUCCUGCAUUUUGAUA